CUUCGCCACUGCGAGAGGAUCCUUCCUAACACGUGGAGGGUUCAUCGCCCUCCAGCAAAGACCCGAGCGGCUGUCUUCACGCUUCCCGACUGCCCCGCAGGGCUUCGCCAGAGAAUACAUCCCGGCUGUUCUCCCCAACUCGGCCGGAUGAAAAGCUGCAGGCAGGGCCAGGCCUGGGUCAGGGGCGCAGCAACGUCCCGCCGCUUCCUCUUACCCUCCGCACAGGGAGAAGCUCGAGUUAUAUUGGAGCCGCGCAGAGAGAGAGGCGGCGGCCAAGGCAGGAGGUGGGGUCUGGGAAUCUGCGGGAGGAAAGGGAGAAGCCGCCGCGCUUUUCCUUCCCCGCCAGCUCUUUUUCUUCUCUAGAUGCCACGUUUGGCGCCGCAGCAAAGCCCGUGACGGGAAACAGGCGGGCGAGAGGACGAGCCACGGCCGGGAGCAGCAGCGGCGAAGUUUGCAAGUUGCGAAGCGCUCGGUGGCGCCGUCGGGAGUGCUGCCUCCCCCGCUCUCCUCCGCCGCCCCUCCCCUCUUCCUUCGCCGCGCUGUUGGGAAGGGCCCGGCUCGCUUUCCCAGCGGCGCGGCGCCGGGAAGGGCAUCGGGGGAGGGCUGCUGGCGCGGCUGCCUAUGAGAGAGGCUUCGCCGGGCUCCUCCGCUAGAUCGAGGGAGGCGGAGGCGAGGCGAGCCGGAGCCGCGGCCAUGGACGGCGUCGCCGGCCUCACUUCUUCGGCCCUGGAGAAGAACGUGGCGGACUUGACGGUGAUGGACGUCUACGACAUCGCCUCGGUGGUGGGCCAGGAGUUCGAGCGGCUCAUCGACCAGCACGGCUGCGAGGCCAUCGCCCGCCUGAUGCCCAAAGUCGUGCGCGUGCUGGAGAUCCUGGAGGUGCUGGUCAGCCGCAACCACAUCAACCCGGAGAUGGAGGAGCUGCGCCUGGAGCUGGACCGGCUCCGCCUGGAGAGGGUGGAUCGCAUCGAGAAGGAGAGGAAGCACCAGAAGGAACUAGAAUUGGUGGAGGAUGUUUGGCGAGGCGAAGCUCAGGAUCUCCUCACCCAAAUCGCUCAGCUUCAAGAAGAGAACAAGCAGCUGAUGACCAAUCUCUCUCACAAGGACGUCAACUUCUCAGAAGAAGAGUUCCAGAAACAGGAAGGAAUGUCAGAAAGGGAAAGGCAAGUGAUGAAGAAACUGAAGGAAGUAGUAGAUAAACAAAGGGAUGAAAUCAGAGCGAAGGACCGAGAACUUGGUCUUAAAAAUGAGGAUGUGGAAGCUCUUCAGCAACAGCAAAACAGGCUGAUGAAAAUCAAUCACGACCUUCGCCACAGAAUCACCGUCGUGGAGGCUCAAGGCAAAGGACUGAUUGAGCAGAAAGUUGAGUUGGAGGCCUACCUCCAGACCAAGGAGCAAGAGAUGGGAGCGCUGAGGGCUGAGCUGGGGAAACUCAGAGAGAAGCUGCAGGGGGAGCCGAACCAAAAUGGGGAAGAAAUUCAGGCAGAAGAACCAAAAAAUGAUGAAUACAUCUCAGAAUCUGAGAAGACAGCCAUGGAUCUGAAGGAUCCCAACCGCCCUCGGUUUACCUUGCAAGAGCUGCGGGAUGUUUUGCAUGAGAGAAAUGAACUGAAAUCUAAAGUUUUUUUGCUGCAAGAGGAGCUUCUGUAUUAUAAGAGUGACGAGGUUGAUGAAGAAACGAGGUCUCCGCAACCCACAACCAUAAUUAAUUCAAAGCCAUCCACUCAGCAAGAAUCUGGAAUCAAACGGCUGUUUAGUUUCUUCUCCCGCGAUAAGAAACGGAUGCCAGCAAUGCAGAGAAAUGCCCCCUUCCAGAGUUCCUUUGGCGAGUGGGCCAACUCUAACAAAGACGAUGCAUACACCGAACAAGGCCUAGAGGCCCUGCAGCACCUGUGACUGGAACCCAGGGGUUUUGGUUGCUAUGGUAACGGCACAGCGGAGGAACUUGCGUAGCAGAUUGUGACACCUGGAUACAGUUCUCCUUCCCUUUCCAGUCCCCUUCCCUGGUUGGCAUCGGGUUUUAUUUUUCCCACAAGGAAUCCCUUGAUGUUUACUUGGCGACUGCACUCCAAGAACAAGAUUCUAGGCCUCUGUAGCAAUGGCUUUGUAUACUCUGGUGUAGCCGCUCUGCAGGGACUUUGGCCAUGUGUUAACUUUAAAAGCCUGUGGGUUGUUUUUGAUGGCUUGUAUUAACUUCACUUUAAAAAAGUUCAUUUUAAACCAAAAAAAACCACAAAAUACUAUGCCGUUACUGAAGAGUUACAUUCAAGGUCCAGCUAACAUCGGAAGAUCCCACCCCCUACCCCCUGCAUAAUUUGUUGGACGAGGGCAUCUUACCCAGUCAUCGUCUUCCUCUGACUGUUUUAGAGAGAUGAUGUCUGGUCUUAGCUACUCUGCUUGAAGGCAGUUCCUGUCAGCCGCUGAAGUGGCACUUUCUUGUUGCAAGAGGAAUCCAUUAUGAAAAUGACUGACGCAACAUACUGGAAAUGGAUCAGGACUAUCUCUUUCUAUAUAUAUUUGGUUUGUUAUUUAUAGUGCCUCCUAGAGCAUGGUGUACAAGGUGAUGGUGCCUUGCAUUUUUGCUAUGAAUUUUCUGACGUAUUAAUGGAAACUAAACAGACAAAAUUUAUGCUAA